CCUGAUGGAUGAGCCUGGCUGUGGCUCGGACCUAGUUCCCAGUUUCUUGUUUAAAGUCUCGUUUUCAACAUGUGAGUCUUCAUUCAUGUCGUCAUAAACAUUGGCACAGUUCACGUUGAGCUCGUGCGUCCUAUACGGUCCGGUUCCUCUGUGCGCACUGCGUCAUGGCGACGGAGGCGAAGAAGUUACGCAUUUCCUAAAAGGAGUUUUUGGAAUAUCACAGUGGCAGGCAGCAGAAACACACGUGUGAACCGACAUGACACCUGUAACCAAGAAGCGCCACACGCAAGCAGAGCAGCGUGUAGUAAACUCUUUACGACCAAGUUGUGUGUUUGUAGCUGCACCUUCAUCACACUCUUCACGUUACAUGGAACCUUAUUGCUUGUUGUAGCCCCGCGGAGGACUUUGGUCAGUGUUGUAACUCUGUCACUGUAGCCUUUCUGACUGAACUGGCUUUUCGCUCCUUUCUGCCCCAGGAUGGUGGAUUACAGUGUCUCACAUGAGCCAGAAUCUCUAGUCUCAAAGAGCCGUGGCCCUUCUAAAAUGGAGGAGCUGGUCCUCUUGGCUUUGCUGGAAUGUCCUCUGUGUAUGGAGCAGCUGGAUGCCUCAGCCAAGGUGCUGCCCUGCCAGCACACUUUCUGCGCGUCCUGUUUGCAGAGGCAGGAGGCGGCCAACUCCCAGCUGCACUGCCCCGAGUGCCGUACCCCUGUCCCGGCCUGGACGGUGGAGGAGCUUCCUACGAACCUCCUGCUUGUGCGUCUCUUGGAGGGGCUCCAGAGCUCCAGGGGGCCCGGCAGGAACGCACACGCAGCCCGGUACGCAGUGCCCUUGGCCAGGGGCAGCUUGACAGUCGGGGAAGAUCAGCAGCAGGAAAGGCAACACCGAGAGAAGCAAGGGCACAGUGAGGGAGACAUUCUUACUGUUAUCAGGCGGGUGGAUGAACACUGGAUUGAAGCCAAGCUAGGGGAAAAAGCUGGAAUUUGUCCUCAGCAGUUCACAGAGCCAAAUUCAGUGGCUGCCAAACUGCUAAAGGGAAAGAGUCAGAGGAGGGGUGACUCAGCAGAGCUGCACCAUCAGACUGGGAGUGGGAGCAAAGACAAGGCCACUGACGCAUCCAAUAGGACCACCCAUUACGGAGUCCCUCAAGUCCCAGCAAAGACACCCAUCCUCAGUGCUUUGCCCCUCUCCAACCAGCGGAAACAGCCUGCAGCCGGUGGCGGCAACUUUUAUCAGCCGACAAAAGGAGACAUCAGCACCACCAACAGCCUCAGCCAGAAGGGUCAACCACAGUGCCUCUCUGUGCCCUCUGCCGCCCGGGGCCACCAUCACCGCUCCAGAGUUAAUUCUCACCGAUUUAGAUGCCACUCUGACUCACACAGACACCUGUUACAGAGCGAGAAGAAGAUGAACAGUGAGACUCCACCCACCAUCUCUAUGGCUCUGGUGAACCCCCAAAUGCCCUCUGCCUCUGCAGACAGCAAAAACUCCUCCACACAGCAGCUCUCUAUCAGUGUGUGUGCUGUCCUGUACUCCUACAAACCACGGCGACCGGAGGAGCUGGAGCUGAGGAAAGGAGAGAUGGUGGGAGUGUACGGAAAGUUCAAAGAAGGCUGGCUGCGUGGGUUAUCGCUUCGAACUGGCAAAGUGGGCAUUCUGCCCAGCAACUACAUCACGCCUGUGCUCAGAACCUCAGCCAGACUUCUGGAGACCAAAGCAGCUAGUGCGUCCUCGCAAUACAACACGGUAGCUGGAAAGAAACCCACAGCUGCCAAGAAUCCUGCUGUGGUCCUUGCUCUUGAUAGGGUGACCGCUGAUGGAACGAUACACUCAACAGGACAAGUCCCUUCUGUGCCAAAUGGAACACAGCACGCAAUGUCAUCCACUGGCGCUGGAAAACAAUCCUUCUAUGCAGGUUCACAAGGUUGGGACACUGUGAGGCGUAUUUUUAACCCACAUAGAGGAUCAAACCGUUUCUCUCGUAUGACUAAUUUCAAUGUCCCAUCCAACUCGCAACACUUUGCACAAGUACAGGCGUCCGGCUACUCACCUGCCAUGCAGAAGAAGAAGAACAGCAGCAUCUUGUCCAGCUCUGCUCCCAGACUGCUGAGCUGGAUGACUGAGUCAGCAGCGCCCUCUGCUGCUGCAGUCAAGGACAGGGGCUUCACUGCUUCUCAUGAAGCAACAUUUCAGCAGGACAGACAAACCACCAGUGGGCCCCAGUCAAUUCUCGUCAGACCGGAUGCUCACAAGAGCACCACAGACAAGCCUGCAAAGUCAGUGCGGUUCCUCACAGAUGAAGACUCCCCUCCUCCAAGACAUCGCACCUCCUCUUGGUCAUCAGGAAAUCAAGUUCCCUCCAACUGCCACCUUGGGCCUCCUCCUUUAGAUAUGUGGGCUCCUUCACUCACCCUGGGAAGAGAUGGACCAGGGAUCAUUCUCAAAGAAGGAAAAGGUCCUGUCCUCAGGAAAGGCCUCGAAACAGCCAUCUCAGAUAUAAAUUCUAACCCACAGAAACUAAUGUCCUCACAUUCGUCGCUAUCAGCUGUGUCAGCUCAGUUCAGCCCCAGCAGACACAGAGUUUCCACAACACACUUAGCCCAGACAGACUCGGAGCUUAGCCUGCUUCAAGGAGAGCUUGUCCUCGUCCACAGACCUCGACCUGAUGGACGGGUGCUGGUUACUCAGGAGAGCAGUGGGAAGACAGGUUUAUUCCACAGCAAUGUUCUUCAAGCCCUUGAGAGGCUCAGCUGACUGUGUAUUUCUGCUGUAGUUGUGUAAAUUUCUAUAUUCCAUGUGUUCAAAUUGACUCGAUCAACCGGCUGAACAAAAUGUGUGUUGAAAUCCAAAGGUCAAUACUGCCAAAUGACAAUCCAAUGAAAGAUGUUUUAUUUUUCUCCUGAGUGCAUGUGAGAGUGUGGUUAAAAUCUCUUGAGAUAUAUUUUGCGUCCCGUCCAUGGUUGUGACACAUGUACUAUUAUAAGAUUUUGCACAAAAACCCACUUAAUGACUGUUCCUUCCCUAUGUUACACGCAUUGGUGAGUGCCUUUGUCAAAACCCAUGAAGGAAACAAACUAUAUUUGAGUAUAUUUAGAGAAAUUAUGAGGUGAAAUAUCCGUACUGCUUAUGUGAUAUUAAAACUAUACUUCCAGAA